AUGGGCGCAUUGAACCUCAUCCCGCUCUUUGUUCUCUUCGCGGUGGUCGGAGGCGUAGGAUGGGUCGGCUAUCAGAUCUUCCUUUACUCCAACGAGCUCGCCGAGCGUGGCGUGAAGAAGAUGGAGAAGAAGAACGUCGUCUUCACCAAAGACGGCGCCAAGGUCGGAGUCAAGGAAGUCAAUGCAGAAGACUAUGCGGAUAAGACGCAACGUGCCUUCGUCAAGACAUGGAAUACUGCGCAUGAAGGGAUCCCCGGCUGCGCGAAGACCUACGAGGCCAUUAUCUACGGUAUCUGCACAGUGGUAUACAACAUUUUCUUCCAUCCUCUCAGGCACAUCCCUGGUCCCCUCUUCGCACGCGCCACCGGUCUAUGUUUCGCGCUACACAUACGCGAUGGUAGUGUGGUCAAAUGGAUCAAAGAAUGCCACGAAAAAUACGGCGAUGCAGUGCGUCUAGAACCGAAUGAAGUCAGUUUCAUCUCGGGAGAGACUGCGUGGCAGGAUAUCUACGGCCACAAAACGGAUAGAAGCAGAAACUUUGUCAAGGAUCUGAAGUGGUUCCCCCGGCCUGUCAAUGGCGUCUUGUCACUUCUCAUAGCAGACGAAGAAGGACAUCCGCGAAUGCGACGUAGCUUAUCGCACGCUUUCAGCGACAAGGCUCUACGAGGACAGGAAAGUCUCAUACAGUCUUAUGUCGAUCUUUUAGUCCAACGCCUGGGCGAACACGCUGCCGAAGACACCGAUAUCGAUAUCAGGACUUGGUACAACUUCACGACCUUUGACAUCAUAUCCGACCUCACAUUCGGCGAACCCCUCUACUGCCUCCGCGACUCCAAAGAACACCUCUGGAUCUCAAUCACCCUCCGCAGCCUCCAAGCCAUCGCCCUCCACGUCUCACGAGGCAAGCACUUCACAUUCCGCUAUCUCGACCUCAUCCGCAGUCUCUUCACCGACAACACCGGCCCCAUGCGCGCCCGCUACGAAUUCGCGAAACGCGCCCACGACAUGGUCAGCAAGCGACUGGAGAAGAUCCAAAGCGGAGAAGACACACGCCCCGAUUUCUUCACACACAUAAUCAAGAACCAAGAGAAAGAAAGCACGCGACUCACCCGCGCGGAAAUGGAUAGCAAUGCUGUGUCCUUCCUCAUCGCAGGCAGCGAAACGAGUGCGACGGCUCUGGCGGGUGCGACGUACCUCCUCCUCCGCAACCCACAGCCGUACAGGAAACUCGUUACGGAAAUCCGGUCGCGCUUUUCUUCUGCGGACCAAAUUACCGUUGACGAAGUGAAUAAACUGGAUUACCUCAUCGCUGUAUUCCAGGAAGCGUUGAGUCUUGCACAUGCGGAAACGCGCCUCAUUCUCACCAAGGUGCUCUUCGCUUAUGAUCUGGAACUUGUGGAUAAAGAGAGGGAUUGGAUGGACCAGAAGGUUUUUGCGCUUUGGGAUAAGGGGCCUAUGAUGGUUAAGGUGAAGCCUGCACAGCAGCCGUGA